AAAAUGGUGAGAUGUCGAGACCACACAGUGAUUUCGCUGGCGUAUGACCCAUAUCCGUGAACGCGCUACCACCGAUGUCGUACUUCAAACGAAUAUCAUCCUUCACGACGACGGCGCUACUCCACACUGCAUACUCCAAGGUACGUCGGCAUCCUCUGUAUCGAGUCGAACUCGUUCACGAUCUCUUUCACUUGCAAGAGUGAAGGAUGAAACCUAUCCAGUCCCACUAUCAUUCGAAAUCCUUGCGGCGUGGACUUCACACUGAUGGAUGCCCGCCGCGCUUUCCAGGCCCCCAGAAGGACGAGAUUACGUUCCUCAGCAAGAACGAACACAUGACGGGUUUGUCCCUCGUUGCCCGACCUUGUAAUAGUGCAUAUUGGUGGUCGAUCCUUCUUCGGCUGUCAGGAGGCUCGUGUGUUGAUCUGAUCAUAUUUAUUGUACUGACAGCCUACAAACAUGCCAUUUUCUUGCUAUAUAUGACUCCAUCAACUAUCAGUGCUCAGUUUGAGGUGUUUCAUGGAGCGUCUUCCCAGACUCGCCCUCCCUCGCACACGCAAACUUUCAAUUCUCUCCCGGAGCGUCAGUUCCUCUUUAAUGGAUCUAGACAUUGUGGGCAUACGCUACGAGUGGGAAUAUCCUUUGCACUUCGAAAACGCCGCGCUGUGUCGUUCAGCGACAUAUCUAUUGCACAGUGAUGCACGAGUAAAACAACCAUUGCUAUGAGUGUGAUCAUGAGUGAUGUGUAGAC